UGGCUCGGCCCUCCCCCUUCCUCCUCCUCCUCCUCUUCCUCCUCCAGUGAGAUUGUCGCCUACCAUCAGCGCUCUCUGGGCACUUUUGACCUUUCUGGCUUUCCGUACAAAGAAAACAUAUUUACAAUCCAACACUGCUGCUGAGCUUAAUAGUUCGAAACGGUACUUUUGUUGUUGUUGUUGUUUGUUUGGAUGUAAUGUAAAAAAAAAAAAAGAAAAAAAAAAAGGCUAAUAACGCGCCUCAUGGACGUGUUUUGAUUUCUCGCCUGCUCGCACCGUCUGGUCUGAACCGGUUCUGGAGGAGGAGCGCGCGCUGGAGUCUUCACGCACUGUUUCACGCCUUAACGCCGCGCGCCCUCUAUAGACUCGGCCCCUUUUUUUUGUGUGUGUGUGACGUUUCCGCCUCCCAUUGGUCCGCUUAACAUUAUCCCCGCCCACUUUUUCCGCACACCGUUAGGUCAGCGACACGAUCCCGGCUCUCCUAUUGGCUGACAGCUGCCCAUCAGCGGUUUUUUUUUUUUUUUUUUUGGGGGGGGGGCAGUCCCCGGCGUGUGCACGCGGAGGAGAGGAGUUGUAUACAUCGCGCGACAAUAAACCGGCGUGCACUUUUCAGCACCAGCACGGCGUGGAUAGCGGAGCCCCCCCCCCAACCCCCCCUCACCCCCCUACCGAGCACCGACGGGUCGCGCGGGUCUCGGCGCCAGAGAAGCGUUACUUUCUCAGGGAUACUUUUGUUCGGGAGCUAGCUUGUUUUUUGUUUUUUUUUGGGCGACAAAGUGCCACGAGGCGUGUUAGUUCGGCAGCGUGUAUAGCUUUGCUGUUACUAAAUGGCGACAAAUGAAGGCAAACAAAGGGGAUAGAGAAGACUAUUCUUCCUGGCUAAUGCGGCUCUUUACCGGCGGUUCUCUUCAGUAGUCGCGCCAGGUCUCCAUUGUGUGAGCAUCCCGGUGCUAUUUUCCACCGCUGCCCAACCCCCGGAGCCUCCCCUCCUCCCGCGCAGCAGCUACAACUCCUUUUGGACUUGUUUUUUUUUUUAAAAUAUAUAUAUAUAUAUUAUUUGGGAAUCACAAGCCUUCUGAAAAAAAUGUGCUCCCGUCUUUGGUUCGUGACCGACCGGCGUAUCAGCCAGGAGUACCCCCAAGUUCAGAUCCUCCGGGCAUUGAAGGAGCGCUGCGCGGAGGAGGAUGUGGAAUUCCGCUCUCUCCUCAUGGAUCAGAUCGUGCUCACCAUCAGCGAGGGGCAACUGGGCCUGCAAGUAGAUCAAGAAACGGUGACAUCAUAUCCACAGGUGGUGGUGGUGCGAGUGCCCACGCCAUGGGUGCAGUCAGACAGUGACAUCACCGUGUUGCGGCACCUGGAAAAGAUGGGAUGUCGGCUCAUUAACCGUCCUCAGGCUAUACUUAACUGUGUCAACAAGUUCUGGACCUUUCAGGAGCUAGCUGGACAUGGCGUGCCUCUGCCCGACACCUUUUCCUAUGGGGGGCAUGACAACUUCCGAAAGAUGAUUGACGAGGCCGAGCCACUGGGCUAUCCGGUGGUGGUGAAGAAUGCACGUGGCCACAGAGGCAAAGCGGUGUUCUUGGCACGAGACAAACACCACCUGACAGACCUGUGCCACUUGAUCCGCCAUGACACCCCCUACUUGUUUCAGGAGUAUGUCAAGGAGUCACACGGCCGCGACGUGCGGGUGGUCCUAGUGGGUGGCCGGGUCAUCGGCUCCAUGCUACGCUGUUCCACUGAUGGGCGCAUGCAGAGCAACUGCUCCCUGGGUGGCGUGGGGAUGAUGUGCCCACUCAGCGAGCAAGGCAAGCAACUGGCCACAGAGGUGUCAAACAUCCUUGGCAUGGACGUGUGUGGCAUCGACCUCCUCCAGCUCAACGACGGCUCCUUUGUAGUCUGUGAGGCCAAUGCCAACGUGGGCUUCAUCGCCUUCGACCAGGCCUGCGGCAUGGACGUGGCUGGCAUCGUGGCCGACUACGCUCUGUCUAUGCUCCCCAACCGCCUCACCCGCAAGAUGUCUCUGUUGUCGGUGGUGUCGAGCACCAGCGAGACCAGCAGCGAGCCCGAGGUGUGUCCUGUGCCUCCCGGCGGCGGCUCCCUGCCCGAGGCCGUGUGCAACAUGAGCGUGGGCUCCACUUCCAGCGAGAGCGACCCCGAGCUGGCCGAGCCCUUGCAGUCAUCCCCCUGUCAGCCCUCGGCCCCGGGACUCCCCGACCCGGCCUACAACUUCAACACACUUCUCGCCAACGAGAUCAAGCUAUUGACUGAGUGAGAGGCACCAUCAUGCACCAGCAAACACACAUUUCUGUAUGCAUAGCUAUACACAUACAUACAUACAUACAUUCCUUCUUACAAACACAUAGCGAUGAAUGCAAAAACAAACAUAAAACAUUUCUUCCUUAAACUAACUCCCUCCAAAAGAUCUGAGGCUGCUCCCCUGAUUCUCCUUCCUAAACCUCCUCAGUACUUAAACAAUUGAAGUUCUUUAUACUCCUAACCAUUUGGGGCGAGUUUGUAUUUGAUCCUAACCGGAGGGAUUUUUAAAGAGAAGGUGAAACGCUAUAGGAAAUAGAUGGUGUGUUUCCAUCAAAGAUGUUCCCUCUUAGACUUUUGGUGGAUUGAAGACACUAGCUUGUUAAAGGGUUAGUCUGGCAGCGCUUAUUAUCCGGUUACAGUGGAACAUCCGAAGUCGCUCUGUCACGCUAGCUGACUUUAAACCCCCUGUGAAAAACUUAAAAAUGUAGAACUAAAAUGAAGUAAAACUACUCACCCUUCGAAUACGCCUGACACCUUAUAGAAAGAACCAAGGUUUCAGUAUACAGUAGUACCUCGGUUUACGGGUUUAUUAAUUGCUUGUUACCCAAAACACUUGUACGGUGGUACCUCAACUUAAGAUUGCCAUAACUUAAAGAGGAACUGCAGUUUUUUGGAAUGUUGCCAAUAAACCAAGAAACAGUAGAUAACCUAAAUGACGUUGGUUAUAAUAUGUAGAAAACACAUGACUUUACUGUAAAAAUAAGGAAAAAUUGUACAAUGUAUUUGCAAAUACUGUAAUGUCACACGCAUGCAAAUACUCAAACAUUUUGGGUAUUAUUAAUUAAAGAUUUUGCAGAUUGUACAUUUAAAAUUUACAGCAUACCUUAAUUGUUUUAAGGGUUUAUGUUAGAGCAUUAGCCUAGGUACCAUAUUUUUUGGACUAUAAGUCGCAGUUUUUUUCAUAGUUUGGCCGGGCUCCAGUGCGACUUAUAUAUGUUUUUUUCCUUUUUUAUUAUGCAUUUUCGGCAGGUGCGACUUAUACUCCGGUGCGACUUAUACUCCGAAAAAUACGGUAACUUUUGGCUCACAACAUGUUUUCUUGUGUUUUUGUGGCAAGUGGUUUCAGAUUUUUGAGGGGUUAUGUCUAUGUCCUUUAGGGGUGUGGUAAAAAUCGAUUCAAAUUCAAAUCGCGAUUCUCACGUUGUACAGUAUCGAUUCUCAUUUUUCAAAAAUCGAUUUUUAUUUAUAUAUAAUUUUUUUUUUAAUUUUUUUUAUUAAUCAAUCCAACAAAUUAAUACAAAGCAAUACCAUAACAAUGCAAUCCAAUUCCAAAACCAAACCCGACCCAGCAACACUCAGAACAGCAAUAAACAGAGCAAAUGAGAGGAGACACAAACACGACACAGAACAAACCAAAAGUACCGGUAGUAAAACAAAAAUUAAUAUUAUCAACAACAGUAUCGAUAUUAGUAACAAUUUCAACAUAUAAGUGAUUAAAAAUCCCUCAUUGACAUUAUCAUUAGACAUUUAUAAAAACAUUUAAAAAAGAAUAAUAGUGUCACAGUGGCUUACACUUGCAUCGCAUCUCAUAAGCUUGACAACACACUGUGUCCAAUAUUUUCACAAAGAUAAAAUAAGUCAUAUUUUUGGUUCAUUUAAUAGUUAAAACAAAUUUACAUUAUUGCAAUCAGUUGAUAAAACAUUGUCCUUUACAAUUAUAAAAGCUUUUUACAAAAAUCUACUACUCUGCUUGCAUGUCAGCAGACUGGGGUAGAUCCUGCUGAAAUCCUAUGUAUUGAUUUUGAAUGAAUAGAGAAUUGUUUUGAAUCGGAAAAAUAUCGUUUUUGAAUCGAGAAUCGCGUUGAAUCGAAAAAAUCGAUUUAUUAUCGAAUCGUGACCCCAAGAAUUGAUAUUGAAUCAAAUCGGGGGACACCCAAAGAUUCGCAGCCCUAAUGUCCUUCAUUGAAAAGUGCACCGAAAUGAACCACACUGUGUGUUUAAGUGAGUUCCAACUGGUUACAGAUACGGAGCAUUUAAGGCUAAUUUUAAAUAGCGCACUUAAAGGAACAUGUUGCGGAAGGCCAUGUUGUGAGUUGUCCAGUGAAUGAUUGUACAAAUACUUUCAAUUUAAAAUCCUCACGUACCGCUCACUUGUCUUAGAAACACAGGCAUUUUGCAGUUACUAUUAUUGGUGACAGGGCAGUAGCGCUCGCGCCUCACAGUUAGAAGGUCCUGGGUUUGAUUCCUGGGCUGGGGUCUUUCUGUGUGGUGUUUGCAUGUUCCCCCCGUGACUGUGUGGGUUCUCUCCGGGUACUCUCACCUCCAGAAGACAUGCACCUGGGAAUAAGCUGAUUGGCAACACUAAAUUUGGCCCUAAUUUGUUUUACAGUGAUUUCCUGGCAACCAUAGCUGCCAGUAUUUUACCUUAAGUUCUAUAGUUUUUUUUGUAAACAGGUUAACAAUAUAUCAGUUUUUUAUGUUAAUUUACUGUAAGCAAAAAAAAAUAUCAACUGAAAAAUUUACGGAUUUAACAUUAUCAUACUGUCCAUCCAUCCAUCUUCUUCUGCUUAUACGAGGUUGGGUCGCGGGAGGAGUAGCCUAAGCAGAGAAGCCCAGACUUCCCUGUCCUCAGCUACUUCGUCAAGCUCCUCUUGUGGGAUCCCGAGGCAUAUUGUCUCCCCGACGUGUUCUGGGUCUUCCCCGUGGCCUUCUACCGGUCUGACGUGCCCUAAACACCUCCCCUUGGAGAAGUCCGGGGGUUUGGUUACAUCUUACAAGGUUCACUUUGACAUCCGCUGUGCUAACUAGCUGUAGGGAUGUUUGGACCUGAUUGUUUGCUAACAACUAACCGAGAGACAGCUCAUAUCCCCAAAAAACCCAUAAGCAGAGGUACCACUUUAUACAUCUCUAUAGAUAUUGCUGAAAUGACUAUGUUUAUGUCUGUCCGUUAUUAGGGAACAUGACAAUACAAGUCGCAUUGUUGCAAUUCACUAAUUGGUACUUGACAUUUUUCCUUGUGAAAGAAAAAAAAGAAGACUAGUAUUUACAUUAGUAUCUGCAUGUGUAUUUGAUCGGUAUUUAUUAAUUCUAUUACUCAAACAACAUUGUUGCUUAUGUGUCGGCUGCACAUAAAAAAGCAAGACCUUUUUGACCGUUGGGUCACUCACAAGAUUUGUGAAAUCCAAUAUUCUAACUGUAGACAUAAUUUGAGUUAUUUUACCACAAAAUUUAAGUUCAACUUGAGAUUGCACCACAUGUGAGGCUCUGGACUUCGGAUGUUCUAUUGUACAUUAGGUAGGCUGUUCACCCAAUCGUAUGAAAAGCCCGACACCAUAAGCAACUAAAUAUCAAUACACUGCACUGAGAGACAAGCAUUUAUGAUUGCAUGAGGUCUUUUUGACAAUGUGAGGACAGAGUUGAGUGCCAUUAGUAUUCUGCCACCCCCCACCCUCUCUUCUUAUUAUUAUCAAGUUGUGUCCUUGUUGAGCCGUACCAGCAGCAACAGUCUGCCAUGUUUUAAAACUUCAACUCAAUGUCUAGCACUUUAUGAUAAACAUAUUUUCUUUGUCCGUAACUCAGAUUAUAGUUUAAGGACACAAGAUGCUGUGUCUACACUCGCAAAAUAUACCUCAAAAAGUGACUCGUCGCUGCCGUAGAAUCGUUGAAAGAUACAACACAUAUCAGCCAGGAUGUUACACCUGGUUUUCCUUCCCUUUUCUCUUUUUUUUUUUCCUCGUUUUUCUAGCUGUUUUGUAAAUAUUUUCAGUAUUGAAUUUGCUCUGGUGGCAACUGUUACGCCGGGUUUCUGCCAUAAAUUGUACAGAACUGACAUCGAGAAAUUCGGUGCUAAUAUUUUUUUUUGGACAGAAGCGAUUUGUCUGUCAUUAUUCAUAAAAAAAAAAACAUGGGAGGGAAUUAUAACAAUAUAUUUUUCCGUCAUUUUUAACGAGAAUGUUCCCUUUUUAGAAGGAUUCAGGGAUUUACUGCUGCCAUCCAUGUAAUUCCGAUGUGUUCCACUUUGAGGACCUUGGUGUUGACAUUUGUUGGGUUUUUUUGUUUUGUUUUUGUCAACAACUCAGGGAAGCAGCCUGGAUCUAAGCCUCGCCCUCUAACCUUCAAAUAGCAGACAUAUCCACUGGAGAUAUCCCCAAAAAAACAUUAACGCGCCAACACGCCAGACAAAACAUAACACAAGCAGCAAUGGGAAAAAAGGUUACAGUAUCAAUAUGUGGUGUAAUACCAUAAAUAACAUGCACUUG